CUUCAAUAAAUUCCAAUUCACUAGUCGUGCUGUCCUUUUUCUAAUCACAACUUGUUGGUUUCAAUUAGACUAACACAUCCCCAUGUCGUUGAACGAAGUUUGGGAGGCAGCCUCCGCAAGCCCUUACACUCCUCUGAUUUCCAAAGAUAGCCAGUUCUCCGUCGGUUUCACCCUCUUGCUAUCUGCAUUCAUCCUGACUGGUCUCUUUGGACUGAGUUAGUCUGACUAGUUAUAGUGAUUUGUUCUUCGUCUAACAUAAAUGCAGAUCGUUCUUUCUUAAGUAUCGUUUCGUUUGGCGUCCCGGCCUCAUUGGCAUUCGGCUUCGGAGCCGUAUACAUGAUCUGCGCUGUUGGGGUCUACGUUUAGGGAGACUUCGUGACCUUUCCAUGUACCAUAUACCCAAUUGAAUGAAAAGCAGAAGGGUUGUACCGUUAGAACCGUCGAAGCUCUUCUACACUGCAGACUCUCUCAUAAUCUAAUUCUUCGGAAUUUUUUUUCCCAGUCUUUCCCGCUCUUUUGUACAUCCAGCCAUGGCCGACGUGGAGCCCAUUUUCUCUGCUGUUUCCAGCAAUGCCCACCACCUCUAUACUUUACUACAGUGCAUUGGCUUUGUACCCAAAGCUACCGUGCAUAUUACCCCAGACGGGAUCCGCAUUUCUGUGGAGGAAAGCCGAGUGAUACAAGGGCUCGCAUUCCUUGACAAAGCACUUUUUACCAGCUACACCUUCAACCCACCAGCGGCGUCGAAUAAUAUAUCAAGGGACUCGGAGGGCGAUGAUACCUCUCCAGACGCCACUUAUAAUCCAUGUUUUGUUAUAUCGCUCUCCGCCCUCCUUGAAACGUUGAAAAUCUUCGGCACAAAUGAUCCAUCAAACACCGGGGCCAAUAAGGCGAUCAGCGCCCAACCGUCGAAUCUUUCAUCCUCUAAUGCCUUCACCACGCCUGCCUUGCUUUUUGAUCGCUCAUGCACCCUGCAAUACUUUCAGAAUGGUUCUCCUUUGAGCAUCACUUUAUCUGAGACAGGGGUCAAAACCACUUGCGAACUGACAACCUACGAGCCCGAUGGCGGCGAAGUUGACAUUCCUCUCCAACGUGACGCCAUCAUCAUGAAGGUCAUCAUGCGUUCUGCAUGGCUACACAAUGCAGUUGCGGAGCUCGGCGCGACUAACCCAAAUGUGUUGAAAAUAUCCGCCUCCGCGAUUCAGGAACCUUUCUUCUCUUUGUCCGGUUCGGGUGGUCCUUUCAGCGAAUCUUCUAUAGAGUUCUCAAUAGAAGAGCAAAACCAAGAUAAUGGGGCAUCGUCUCAGUCUCGCAAGUUGUUAACCGAUGACGGUACAUCCAGGUCCCGAGCUAAGAGGGCCAAGCUUGCACCUACUGUCACCGAGACCUUUCUUGUUAGCCCGCCCUCUUCAAUGGGUUCUCGCAUCAAGCAAGAUUAUCGGUUUUCUCUUAUCCAGAAGGCCUCUCGCGCCAUGGCUGUGGCUAACAAGGUAAGUAUCCGAGGUGACCGACAAGGUGUCCUAAGUCUUCAAUUCAUGAUUGAAUUCGAUACAAACGGGCCCAGCGGCACGGGCGGUGGCGCAAGACCGUCUGGGGGAGGGUUAGAGCCUACUGUGACAUUUGUAGAUUUCCGCUUUGUGCCGCUACUAGAUGACGAAAGCGCGGCUGAUGAGGGAGGCGCAGGUGGCUUUGAUUAACGUCCAUUGAUGGAGGAACGGUGCUGAACCAGCUUACCUGUCAGCAGUCAGUUAUCCUUUGAUAAUCGGCCAUUACACAUUGC